GGAAAGUGUAAACUGGACCCUAAAUUCUAUUUAAUAAGGAGUACUACUUAAGGAGUAUUAAAUAAGAAAAGGGGGGUUACGAGACGGAGCAUCUCUCUUUCCCGUACAUUCUCCGUCCUCUCCCUCUGUCGAUCCUUCUUCGCGUCCGGUCGACAAGCAGCAGCAGCCGCCGGCGAGAGGCUCGCCGAGAAGUCGCCGUCGGCCACCAUACCCCUCUCGCAGCCUCUCUCUCUCCCGUUUCUAUUCCGUCCACCGCUGCACGUCGACCAGAGACAGUGACCAAGGAGCCAACGCCGUCACCCACCGUCGCCUGGGGAACCACCGUCGUCGUCUCUCUCUUCCCCUCCAAUUUCCGGUUCGCACGCACCAUUUCCGGCAAAGAGCAGCGGUGAUUUGUGGUUUCAACCCAAGGUUUCGAUUUCUUCGAUUUUCUAGGUAGAAACACAGGCCGGAUGGGCAACCCAGAGGGCAGUGAAGUGGUGGCGUGGAUGGCUCUUGUUUUUUACUCUUCUAAUUAAACUACAUUAUUUUAUUUGAUUAUAUGGGCUGUUGGACAUUAUUUUGGUUUUUCUUAUGCUUCUUAACUUUUCUAGUUUAGUCAUCGGAAUGGAUAACCAAAUUCUGAAAGGGCUGCAGACCUGGAUGGAUGAUGGAGUCUUAUUUUGGGCGAACUGUUCUAAACCCAACCGCGUGAACAGAUUGAGAAUCGGACUUACUAGGCCCAAGAUACGACUGCCCUGCCGAAUAAGGGGGGUUACGAGACGGAGCAUCUCUCUUUCCCGUACAUUCUCCGUCCUCUCCCUCUGUCGAUCCUUCUUCGCGUCCGGUCGACAAGCAGCAGCAGCCGCCGGCGAGAGGCUCGCCGAGAAGUCGCCGUCGGCCACCAUACCCCUCUCGCAGCCUCUCUCUCUCCCGUUUCUAUUCCGUCCACCGCUGCACGUCGACCAGAGACAGCGACCAAGGAGCCAACGCCGUCACCCACCGUCGCCUGGGGAACCACCGUCGUCGUCUCUCUCUUCCCCUCCAAUUUCCGGUUCGCACGCACCAUUUCCGGCAAAGAGCAGCGGUGAUUUGUGGUUUCAACCCAAGGUUUCGAUUUCUUCGAUUUUCUAGGUAAAAACACAGGCCGGAUGGGCAACCCAGAGGGCAGUGAAGUGGUGGCGUGGAUGGCUCUUGUUUUUUCACUCUUCUAAUUAAACUACAUUAUUUUAU